AUGGGGAAAAAGCCUUCUGCGGCGAGUGCUAGCUCCGGUGAUGAAGAGCUGCACGCGGCGGCGCGAUCGGGGGACCUGAAGGCGGUGCAGGCGAUAUGCAGCACCAAUCCUCUCGCUGUCAACUCGCGCGACAGGCACUCCCGUACGCCGCUACACCUAGCGGCAUGGGCAGGGCAUUCUGAAGUCGUAAACUAUCUUUGUAAGAACAAGGCCGAUGUCGGUGCUGCUGCCAUGGAUGACAUGGGUGCAAUUCACUUUGCCGCACAAAAGGGUCACGUAGACGUUGUCAAGAUUCUUCUGACGUCGGGAGUAUCUGUCAAGUCUUGUAACCGGAAGGGCAUGACCGCCCUUCACUAUGCAGCUCAGGGCUCAAAUGUGGAAUUCAUAAAUUAUUUGUUGAAGAAAGGUGCAAACAAGAAUAUGAAGAACAAGGCUGGAAAGACUGCUGUUGAUCUUGCAAGCAGUGAAGAGAUCCGCAAAUUGUUACUUGGAUAUGAGCCUUCUUCUCAAAGAGUGGUUAGCAAUGGUAAUGAAAAAGAUGAAAAGGCUGAAACGAAAACUGCAUCUGCUGAAGAAGUGGUGGAGGGGUCUGAAAGCGGUGCUGCUGUGCAAGGAGACGAAGGUGGUGAAGAAGGGAAAGAUGAGAGUCUGAAGAGGAAAAAUGGAGACAGUAAUGAGGAAAACCAACAGGGAGCUAAGAAGAGUAAAGUAGCUCUGGGUCAUCUUCUGGCUGAGGAUGAUAUUCCGGAAGAGGAGGAAGAAGAAGAAGAUAGGUGAACCUUCGGGUGAGGAAAGUCGUUUUCUUAUAGUUUCUUCACAUGAGGUAGUUUAUGAUGGAAGUUUACUGCUAUAUAUACUUGCAUGAGAACUCAGGAAUUACGCUUCAAUUGUUGUUAUUGUAAUAUUGUUGAAGCUCAAUGGUUUAACACUGGCCCCCCUUUUAAAGCACUUAAUUUAUGAUAUUUGUGCUA